ACCGUUUCUCUCCCCAACCGUGGAUUUCCUAUUACUCUCGUUACGACUCACUGAGCCCCAGGCCCAAGGAUAAUGAUGUGUUGUUUCUUGGUAGCAUAAUUUGUCACACGUAUAUUUCUUCUUCUUCUUCUCUUGCAGAAAGCACAGCUCCCUCUCAGACUCACACACUUCUUGUUAAUUCCGAAGAACAAAUGAGCAACGACAACAAAUAACGCGAAAUAAGACUGUAUGAGUUGGAUUCAAUGACUGUUUUCGAACACCGACUGUAGACUUUUUUUAAAUAAAAAGGAAAGGAUUUAUUUAACCAAGGAGAACAAAGGAAAGUCCUGUGAGAACAUUAAGGAGCCGAAGCUACUUUCUUUUCUCUCAAGUCAGGAGGCGUGAGCAGCUCCAAAGUCAUGUCCAGAUCGGGUGACCGGACCUCCACGUUUGACCCGACUCACAGCGACACUCUGCUGCAUGGGCUGAACCUGCUGUGGAGGAAGCAGCUGUUCUGCGAUGUGACUCUGACGGCUCAGGGACAGCAAUUCCACUGCCACAAAGCGGUGCUCGCCUCCUGCUCGCAGUACUUCAGGUCUCUAUUCUCCACACACAUGCUGAACAGCGAGGGGCUCGGCAGCGGCAAGGACCAGGGCAGCAGCGGCACCCCCUCCUCCUCUCCAGACGACAAGCUCCUGCCCAGCCCGCGCUCCAUCAACAACCUGGUGCUGCAGGGCUGCUCCUCCAUCGGCUUGCGGCUGGUGCUGGAGUACCUGUACACCGCUAACGUGACCCUGUCCCUGGACACGGUGGAGGAGGUACUAUCCGUCAGCAAGAUCCUCAACAUCCCCCAGAUCACCAAGCUCAGUGUGCAGUUCCUCAACGACCAGAUCUCCGUGCAGAACUACAAGCAGAUCUGCAAGAUCGCCGCCUUGCACGGGCUGGACGAGACCAAAAAGCUCGCCAACAAGUACCUGGUGGAGGACGUGCUCCUGCUCAACUUCGAGGAGAUGUGCGCCAUGCUGGACGCCCUGCCGCCCCCCGUGGAGUCGGAGCUGGCUCUCUUUCAGAUGUCUGUCCUGUGGCUAGAGCACGACCGCGAGACGAGAAUGCACUACGCCCCGGACCUGAUGAAGCGGCUCCGCUUCGCCCUCAUCCCGGCUCCGGAGCUGGUGGAGAGGGUGCAGUCUGUGGACUUCAUGAGGAGCGACCCCGUGUGUCAGAAGCUCCUGCUGGACGCCAUGAACUACCACCUGAUGCCCUUCAGACAGCACUGCAGACAGACCACAGCCAGCAGGAUUCGUUCCAACAAAAAAAUGCUACUCUUGGUUGGAGGUCUGCCUCCUGGACCUGACCGCCUUCCCAGUAAUCUAGUGCAGUAUUACGAUGAUGAAAAGAAGACAUGGAAGAUCCUUACAAUAAUGCCUUAUAACAGUGCUCAUCACUGUGUAGUAGAAGUUGAGAACUUUCUUCUGCUGCUAGGUGGAGAGGACCAGUGGAAUCCAAAUGGUAAACACAGCACUAAUUUUGUCAGUCGAUAUGACCCAAGAUUCAACAGCUGGAUACAGCUCCCUCCAAUGCAGGAGAGAAGGGCAAGUUUCUUUGCCUGUUGCCUCGAUAAACACCUCUAUGUAAUUGGGGGCAGGAACGAGACAGGCUACCUCUCCAGCGUGGAGGCCUAUAACCUGGAGACUAAUGAGUGGAACUAUGUUUCAUCCCUUCCCCAGCCACUCGCAGCACAUGCCGGGGCUGUCCAUAAUGGCAAAAUCUACAUCUCAGGUGGAGUCCACAAUGGGGAGUACGUGUCCUGGCUCUACUGCUAUGACCCAGUGAUGGAUGUGUGGGCCAGGAAACAGGACAUGAACACUAAACGUGCCAUACAUGCCCUUGCUGGAAUGAACGAUCGCCUCUAUGCUAUUGGUGGAAAUCACUUAAAAGGAUUCUCUCAUUUGGAUGUGAUGUUGGUGGAAUGCUACGACCCUAAAGCAGAUCAGUGGAACAUCCUGCAGACGCCCAUUCUAGAGGGGCGCAGUGGCCCCGGCUGUGCUGUUUUGGACGACAGCAUUUUCCUUGUUGGAGGCUAUAGUUGGAGCAUGGGGGCAUACAAGUCAUCCACCAUCUGCUACAGUCCAGAGAAGGGCACAUGGACCGAGUUGGAAGGUGAAGUAGCAGAGCCUUUAGCUGGACCAGCAUGUGCUACUGUCAUACUGCCAGCUUGCCUACCAUUUAACAAAUGACAGAGCAUGGCUAAAAGCACAUUCAGAGAUCAAGCAAGCCCUUAGGAUGGAUAGAAGGUCCAUCGAUAAACACAACGUAUGAGAGACUGUCUAUAAGAAAUGCCCUUGAUUGGAUAGGAGGUGUACAAAUUAUUUUUUUACAGGUCUGACAAGAGCACUUUCUUUCUUUAAAACUUUGAAGUUUUAAAAAUAUGUAUUAUUUGAUUUGAUGUAUUUGUUGCUCUUCUGUGUUGACAUUGAAAUGUUCACCUUUAAUCCAUUUUUUUAUUGUAAAUGUUUUGGCUUAACUUGAUAUAGCACGCAUACUCUUCAGCUGAACUGAUAUAGCUUCCAUUUGUACUUUGUAUUUUGUGCAAAACAUUAUUCAGAGGUGAUGCAAUGUUUGAUCGAAAUGUGUUUAUGUCCUGGAAAGAACCAACAAAAGGGUUGUAUUUAAUUCCAAACCAUUAUUUCGUGUACACUGUAGAAUAGAAUCCUGUUUACCACAUUCCUGCUUGUUAAAUAUUGUAGCCGUUCUAUAUGGUACAUCAUUUGUACAGGGGGGAGACAAGGAAGCAGUCAAAAUAAAGAUCCUCUCAGAAUAAUACAAACAAAUAAUGAGGACUAAAAUGGAUGAACAAUCAAAAUGUUUACUGAGCCAUGUGCUGUAUAUGCAUGGCCUGAAGUAAGAACCUUAUUUUAUGGUGGGUGCAUUUGCUUUGUUUAAGAUAUUACCUGUUAAUGUUUAACAGUGCCUAUUUCUACAAUAAGGUAAAUUAUUUCCUGGGUGCCAGAAAAUGAUCAUCAUGAAAUAUUGUUAAUAAUUGGUUCAGUACAAAAUUGAUUAAUCUUUCUGACCCAUUUAUGAAAAGAUAUACAUCCAAUUCAGCACUCUU